GGCUCAGAGACGUCGGUCGCUGCGCGUGUCUCGCGUCGCGCUCCGCCGUCGCGAAGCCGGCGGCACGCCCGCGCCAUGGAUGUGACCGUGGCCAGCGCGAAGGGCCUGCCGGAGAAGGCCUACCUGAGCCUCCGCGCCGGCGAAGUGCGGAAGCAGAUUCAGUACAAGCCAGGUGAAUGCUUCUCCUUUGAUGGGAAGCAAGUGCCGCGGCACCUGGUGGUGGAUAUCUUCGAGAAGGUUGGCUCGGCGCAGGUGAGCUUGUCGGACCUCUCGAGCUGCAGCGAUGGCAACCAGAUCCAGCUGCAGGGGAGGGAUGGCAGCAUUGUCCUGGACAUGCAGGCCAAGGUGCGGUCUGAGACGAAGAAGCCCCGGGUGUCCCGGCACCAGGCCGCGCUUGAAGCGCAGUCAUACUUGGAGGCCCACUCAGUGCAGCGCGUACUGCAGGGCAUGGUCCAUGAGCUGCUGACCACCAAGCCGGCGGACCCCUACUCCUUCAUGAUGGGCUACAUCCAGGCCAGCUCUCCGAAGCGCGCCCCGGAGUCGGAGCCGCCCCAGGAGGAGGAGCCUGAGCUGGAGGACUUGCCGGACUGGUCCGCCAUGCCCGGCCGCGGCGACGCCGAGUACCCGGGCUUCGCUUCGGACGGAGCGCAGCCUCUGCCAGACCUGUCGCGGCACCACAACGUGCUGGCGGCCGUGCUGCUGGCGCAGCCUGAGCUCUACGAGCAGCUGAAGGACGUGCGCACGCCUUCGGGCGCCUCGCUGGCGCGGUGCGUCAAGCCGGGGGUGGACCACCGGGGCCACAAGAUCGUGCGCACGCUGGGCCUGGUAGCGGCCGACGAGGCCUGCUACGAGACCUUUGCCCCGGUCUUCGACGCGGUCAUGGCCAAGUGGGACGAGGCGGUGCUGCAGGACGUCCAGCUGCCGGAGCUUUCGGCGUCGAGUUCGGCGCUGGCGGAUGCCUCCGUGGUGCUCUCCGUGCAGGUGAUCUGCAGCCGGAACCUGCGGGGCCUUCGCAUGCUUCCCUCCGCCGAGCGAGAGGACCGUCGGGAGGUGGAGCGCAUCUUGGUGGACGCCUUGCUCUGCGCCGAGGACGAGCUGCUCGCGGGGGGGGAGUACCACCCCCUGCGGGGCUCCCAGUCCUUUGUCGCGCAGCCCCACGGCAUGUCCCAGGUCAUGGAGCAAAGGCUCAAGGCAGCGGGGCAGCUGCUGCAGGAGCCCCAGAGCGGGCUGAGUUUGUCCAGCGGCCUGGGGCGCCAGUGGCCGGACGCCCGGGGCGUCUUCGCCAGCGGAGACCUCGUGGCGUGGAUCAACGAGGCAGAUCAUUUGCGCUUGGCCUACCAACGGCCCGACGCCGACGUGUGGCAGGCUCUCGAUGCCACGCUGCGGGUGGAGGCCGCCCUCAGCAAAUACCUGGAGGCGAAGGGCCACAGCUUCAGCUCCUCAGACUUGGGCUACCUCUCCUUCAGCCCCGGCGAUGUGGGCGCCGCACUGCAGGCCAGCGCGCGGCUGAUGUUGCCGAAGCUGGCCACGGACGAGGCCAAGCUCAAGGCCAUGUGCCGGCAGCUGGGGUUGUACCCCCUGCGCCGCCGGGAGUUCUCCGAGGACGGGGACCGCAUCCCCGUGUGGGAGGUCACGGUGGCGCGGCGGCGCGGCAUGUCGGCGGAGCACAUCGGCCGGCUGCUGGCGCAGGGCUGCGCGCGCCUGGCGCAGGCGGAGCUGGGGAAGGACCAGGCCGCGCGCGAGGCCGCAGUCUCCGCGGAGUUCGGGAAGGAGGGCGUGUGCCCGGCAGAGAUGCCGGACGUGGGCGACAGGCACAGUUUAGCAGCGGAAGUGCUCAGACAAGAUCCCUCCAUCUACCAGCGCUUGAAGGACCAGCGCACGCCUCUGGGCGUGAGCUUCGCCAGCUGCGUGAAGACCUGCUUCGAGAACCUGGGCCACCGGAUGAUCAAGACCGUGGGCGCAGUGGCCGGGGACGAGGCCUCCUACGAGACCUUCCGCGAGCUCUUCGAUGGGAUCAUCAGGUUGCGGCACCCUGGUGCGGAGAACCACAGGAUGGACUUGGAUACUUCCAAGAUGCUGGACAUCGAUCCGGCGGUCGCAGGCGAGCGCGUGGUCUGCGCCCGGCUGCGGGUGACCCGGAACUUGUCCAAGCUCCGCAUGCCCCCCGCCUGCUGUGCGGACGAGCGAAGGGCCGUGGAAGCGCGCCUGGCCCAAGCCUUUUCGUCGCUGACCGGAACCCUGGAGGGCGAGUACUUCCCGCUGAUCGGGUCCCACAGCUACACGCCCAAGCCGGGCGGCAUGAGCGAGGAGGAGGAGCAACGGCUGCACGAGGCCGGGUUUCUCUUCGAGGAGCCAGACUCUUCGGUCCUGGUCUCCUCGGGCUAUGCCAGGGAUUGGCCCGACGCCCGGGGCGUCUUCGUGGACAACGCCCGCAGCUUCGCGGUCUUUGUGAACGAGUUGGACCAUCUCCGCAUCAAUGCCACGGACAAGAAGGACUGCAGCUUGAAAGCCCUGUGCGCCCGUGUCUUCUCCGUGCUCGACGCGCUUGAGGGCCACCUGGAGCCGGGGCUUUUUGCGCGGAGCGCGCGCCUGGGGUUUCUGGGCUCGGACCCCGCGCUGCUGGGCAGCUGUCUGGUGGCCAGCGUGGCGAUCCGCAUCCCGUUGCUGAGCAUGAAUCCGGAGUUCCGGGCCAUCUGCCAGCGCCUGAAGCCCCGGGCGCAGCUCUGCGCCUCCGCGGAGCUGGGGCUGCACCAGGGCGUUUGGGAGGUGCAGAACUCCGUGCGCCUGGGCUGCUCAGAGGUCGAGCAGGUGAACGCGGUGGUGGGGGCGUGUCUGGAGCUCCUGGCCCUGGAGGCCCGGCUCGAGCGGGGCGAGGACCUCACGGCGGAGGAACCGGCGGCGGAGGUGGCGGUUUCGGCGGCGCUGGGCAGCGGAGAGGAGGAGUACCCCGGGUUCCCGGUGGACGCGUGCCCACAGGAGAUGCCGGACCUGUCGAGGCACAACAGCCAGAUGGCCGAGAUCUUGAGCGCCGACCCCUCCAUCUACGAAGAGCUCAAGGACCUGCGCACGCCCCUCGGGGUGAGCCUCGCAAGGUGCAUCAAGCCAGGGGUGGACUGUGCCGGCCACAGCUUCUUCCGGAUGAUCGGCGCCUGCGCCGGGGACGAGCACUGCUACGAGGUCUUUCAGAAGCUCUUCAACCCCAUCAUCGCCAGGCGUCCGGCGGGAGCCUUGCAGCUUCAGGUGGAGGAAGCAAACCUGGAUGCGGUGCUCAGUGUUCAGGUGUCCCUGGAGCGAAACCUCCAUUCCUUCCGCUUCACUCCGGCCAUGGACCUACCAGAGCGAAGGCGGGCGGAGGCGAUCCUCAGUGCGGCGCUGGAGACGCUGCAGCAGCAAUUCGCGGGGCAGUACAUGCCACUGCGGGGCUCGAGCACAGCAUCCAGGCCAGGCAUGUCCCAGGAUGAGGAGUCCAAGUUGAGCGCCGAGCGCUGGCUCUUCGAGGUCCCGGAUGCGCCCUGGAUCUUGGCCAGCGGCAGAGCUCGACACUGGCCCCAGGCCAGAGGCGUCUUCCUGGGAUCCAACAAGGAGCUCGCCGCCUGGAUCAACGACGAGAACCACCUGCGCCUCAUGGUCCGGCGCUGGGAUUGCGACCUCCAGGCUGCUGUGACCUUGCUAUACCAAGCUGAGGAGGCGGUUGCGCGGGCGCUGGAGCAGCAGCGGCACCGCUUCGCCCGGAGCGAUCGCCUGGGCUACCUGACCACCUGCCCCAGCGGCCUGGGCUCGGCCUUCCGCGCCAAGCUGCGCGCCAGUCUGCCGCAGCUGGGGCAGAAGGAGAAGUUCCACGACUUGGUGCGCGCGCUGGGCGUGCAGGCCAAGCGUGUGGUGAAGUCCGAGGGGUCCUGGGACCUCUCGGCCGUGCCCUGCGGCCGCAUCACCGAGGAGAGCGACGACCAGGUGCGGACGCUGGUCGCGGCUGCCCACCGCUUGGGGCAGUUGGAGAAGUCGGCGGAGGGCUUGGACCUGGCAGCGGAGGUGGCAAAGCUCUGCUGAGCGAGUUCCGCGAAUUCCGCGUCGAGAGAAGACUUUGAGGUUUCGACCCAUAGACUCCAAGGCGGCUCGAUGCAAAAAAGCCUCCUUUUUGAUUCAAC